CCAUACCCUAUCCCUCGAUUUCGAUGCAUUUCGUUGCGAUCCACAGAACGCUAUAUGCCACGCACUGGACCACUGUGCGGUUUACUGGUGUUCACCAACUAGUUAAUUGAAGUGCUCCAACAUUCUCGCUCGGCAAACGAGCUGUAACGAUCAAACACGAGUCCAUCAGAUAUGAAGUAUUCGCCGCAGCAGCAGCAGCACCAGAAGCAGCGGAAAUCGGAGGGCAGCGACGCCGCAUCUAUGGAUGCCACUCUCAGCCGAACGUCGGCAUCCAGCACGCAGGAGCAACGCAAGGCCUCAUCAACGUCGUCAUCGACACGAGCGCCCGUCUGCCGUUCACCAUCCACCGGCAUGUUCGCCUGGAUGCGUGUGUUCCGAUUUGCAUCAAUGUUGCACCAGGUCGGCUGCUAAAGUUCGCAUUGACGAGUAUGGACCGUGCUAGAAGAAAAAAGAGAAAGAAAGAGAGUAGAAAAAAAGAGAGAGAAUGAGAGUCGAUAUAGAAUCUCGUAUAUCUUAACAAUCUCAGAUUAAAUAAUUAAUAUCGUACAACACAUACAGCGGAGACGCGCAUAGCACAUGAGCGCGAAGUAGCGGCCCUGUUUCGCGUCGUGAUUUACAAAUUUAAACAUAUAUAUAUGUGUAUAUGUAUAUAUAUAAUAUAUAUAUGCAUAUACAUAUAUUUAUGCACGGCCGAGUCGUAGGGACAUACGGCCAAUGUCGUAGCUCGAUCAUAGUUCGAAUACGCGAAGAUGAAUCGCCGAGUUGCGAUUCGCCGUGUACAAGUUGUUGAGAUGUAGAUUGUAAAGUUACAGAUUUAUAAAGUAACGCAAUAGCAUCCACUUUUGAAGCAUUUUUGCGUAUCAAAAAAUGGCCGAAACAUAAUACAUUAUUUUAUUUACAUAUUAAAUAGAUGCAGCUACCUUAACUUGUGCAAUAUGUUCUAUACAUUUUUUGUCAAACUAAAC